AUGAAACCGACUCAGUUUGUAUUGCAUAUACCGCCUACAACAUCACACACUACAAUAACAACUUCCUAUUCAAAUCAUCAUCAUCACCAAGAGUUUUCACAUAAUUACAAUCAUACUUCACAACAGCAACAACAAACGCAAGCUCCCGGGCAGGAACAUCAUAGUAAUCAUCAGCAGCCAUUUGUAGAAUCAUCGCAACAACCAUCGUCGGAUACACCGACUAAAAUAUUACCAAAACCACAACAGGAACAUAGUAAUUCCGAACAAGUAUAUCAAAAACAAUUACAACGUCAGCAACAGCAACAAUUAGUGUCAAAAGAUCAACAGCAAAAGGAACCACAAUCAAAAGCAUCUUCAGAAUCCCAUAUUUCACAAAAGACCGAUUAUCAAAAUCUUGUACAACCGCAGCCAGAAUCACAACAACCACAGCAACUACCUUCCCAACAGGUUCCACCGCAGCAAUCACAAAAUUUUCCCUCUCCAAAUUUGUACAGAAUUUCACUACAAUUAACAACAGAAUUAGAUAUUCGAAAAUGGUGGGAUAAUGUAAUUGAGACCUUUACCACUUCUUUUCAUGCAUCACGAAUUUUACUAUCCGUUCCUCAUGAUCUUACAGACACGAUAAACACUCCUUGGGGUGUAAAGGCAAUAUACAAUCGAGAUAGUCAUAGUAAUGGUGGAGGGAAUGCUGGCCAUUCGGAUAAUAUAACAGAUUCUGCUUCAAAUUCCUCGAAUGAUCAUGGUCAUUUAGUAUUUGAUAAGCUAAGGUCAUUUGAAUGCGAUAUUGAACCACUGUUGGACAAUAAAGGCAUUCUGAGAAUUUUACAUCGCGGGAAAAUUAUUGUUGUUUCCAGAGAAUAUCGGCAGCCGGAAGAAGAGAAUAAACUUUGGAAUUCAACAAUUUCCCCUCAGAAGCAGCAAGAAGAGGAAAUGGGCGCGGCAUUCCCAAUAAGUAGAGGGCCUAGUGGUGAUAGAGGUGGAGGAGGUGGUGGAGGUGGUGGGGAUGGUGUUGGAGGUGGUGGUGUUGGUAGUGGCAAUGGAAGAGUUGAGAAUGGUGUUUCCCCGUUAAAGAAUAAUAAUAAUAUGGGAGAAACAACAAAACUAAUAACAUUGACACCCACGGCUAACACCACAACUAAUGCAACAACAAUAAAUUCAAAUGACAUUCAAUAUAAUCUUUCCAAUUAUAAUAACCAUCACCACCAUCAUCGUCAUAGUCACAAUAAGCAUCGUCGGAAUAAAUCUGAUGGUUCUAUAACUUCUAUAAUAUCAAGCUCGAUAUCCUCGUCGUGGCCUCGAGAAUUUGAGCAACAACAGCCAUCACCUUGGUCACAAUCACCUGCUCCUUCACCGGUUGUUACCGAUCCAAACAUUAAUCCGUUUUUUCAAUCAAUGCCCGUGAUAGAUGACGAAGCAUUUAAUCCGUCAUCCGCUUCCCCAUUAACUCAUGCCUCCUCGAAUUUCACUUUUCCAGUAGGCACAAACAAUAAUGUCUACUCAAUUGUGCAUAUUCCUUUAAUACAUCCAACCACCGCAAAAAAUGUUGCACCCACAAAUGCACUACAUUCUCCGGUUCCAAUUGCGAUUCUCUCAUUUCUUUCAUGUGUCGUUCCGUACCCAUCAAAUCUUUUACGUUCAUUGCACGCACUUUCGCCUUACCUCGCCACCACAUUCUCGAUGGCUACGAUACAUCAACAAACUGUCAAAGAUCUUUCUUUGCGCAUCUCGUAUCCACGCGCCGGAAGAAGACAACAACGUCAUAGUAAUAAUAGUCAUACCCAUCAAACACAUUCAUUAGAUCGAAUUGAAUAUGUAGAUAGCGUUUCAUCUGAUGAGUAUUCCACGACUUCCUCCUCUUCAUCACGUUGGGAAUAUGCCACUGUAUUUUCAACACGUUUCGGUCAAAGUCCCGGAACCGAUAAGGAAGAUCCUUUUAGUCGUAAUUCCGUUUCAGAUGAUGAAAAUUACGAUGACGAUGUUCAAAUAGUUAAUGAAAAUGAUUUUAUGAAUUCUACCGAAGAAUCAUCUUUGAUAACUGAUAAUUCAUCAAAAGCUACCCAAACCGUUGCGAGUUCUUCUUCACUCAAUCGAGAAAGAAAACCUCGUAGAGUUUCAUUAGCACGAUAUCAUUCAAGUCAUCGACGUAAUAGGAAAUCAAGACGUUCUUCAAAGACAAACUCUGUUAAUAACCAAUUCGGUUCUUCUUCACACAAUACCGUUCCGCAAUUAGUUGUACCAAACACAAAAUUGCUUCGAUUAAUACUUGAUGUAAUGCCAAAUGCUGUAUAUACGUGUUCUCGAAUAAGUGGCGACUGCACUUGGGUGAAUAAUCGUAUGAUUCAAUAUUGUGGCAAUCGAAUUGAAGAUAUGUUGGGUUACGGAUUGUUUGAUACUAUACAUCCGGAUGAUAAAUCGCGUGUCUGGGAAAUGUGGACUACGGCAUUUUCACGAGGUGAAGGUUUUAGUGCACAAUAUCGAAUACGUAGAUUCGAUGGACAUUAUCGCUGGUUCUUGGGACGUGCUGGACCUUUGAGAGAUGCAAGAGGUAUUGUGAUACAUUGGUUUGGAACUUGCACUGACGUUCACGAUCAAAAACAAGCUGAAGAACAGCAAGCCCGUCAACUGCAUGUUGAGGCAAACGAAAAGAAAUACCGACAACUGGCCGAAGCAAUACCACAAAUUGUGUUUACUGCAACGCCUAAAGACGGGAUAACCUAUGUAAAUGAGAAAUGGACUACAUAUUCUGGACUGACAUUUGAACAAUCACAGGGUCUAGGAUUCUUAUCUCAUGUACAUUCUGACGAUCGAAGUAAAUGUAUACUACCGGAUGCUGAAUCAGAUGAUGAUAGUCAUGGGGAAGUGAGACAUCAAGAAGAAGUGAGAUUAAUGAGUUCUGAUGGUACAUAUAAAUGGUUCUUGGUUAAAUGUAUAAGCAUCGAAUCUUCCGAGCAAGGCAGAAAAUGGUUCGGCACUUGCACCGAUAUCAAUGAUCAUAAAUUAUUGGAACAUAAAUUAAAAGAGGCACACGAUGCAGCUCAAAAAUCGACUGAAAGCAAAACACGCUUCUUAUCAAACAUGUCACAUGAAAUAAGAACUCCGUUAAUUGGUAUCACUGGGAUGAUCAAUUUCAUGCUGGACACUCAUUUGACAGUCGAGCAACUUGAUUACGCGCACACAAUACAACAGUCUGCUGAUGCUCUGUUGUUGGUAAUAAAUGACAUUCUUGAUCUUAGUAAAGUAGAAGCAGGGAUGAUGAAACUGGAGAUGGAACCAUUUUCAGUGCACACAAUGAUUGAAGACGCUAAUGAAUUACUUUCGACACUGGCAAUACAAAAAGGUCUAGAAUUGAGCUUCAUAGUGGAUGACGAUGUGCCAGAUGUGAUUUGUGGAGAUCGCAUUCGGCUAAGACAAGUUUUGCUGAAUGUCAUCGGGAAUGCCAUUAAAUUUACAUCCGAUGGUGAAGUUUUCUCACGAUGUUCUGUUCAGCAAUUAGAUUCUGACAAUCGAGUUGUGGAUCUUUUGUUUGAAGUUGUGGACACUGGUCCAGGUUUUGAUGCAGAAGAAGAACUGGUAAUGUUUAAACCGUUCUCACAAGUAGACACUUCAUCCACGCGAAAAUAUGGCGGUAGUGGGCUUGGUCUUGUAAUAUCGCGACAAUUGAUCGAAUUACAUGGUGGUAAAAUGUAUUGUAAAAGUCGAAAAGGAGAAGGAUCAGUUUUUUACUUUUCAGCUAGAUUUAAUGUUCCGAAUGAUUCGACAAGUCCUCGACCUCAAACACCGACUUCUGAAGUAUCGAAUUCGCCUUUUUUCCGAUAUAGUAAAGCUUCAGUAGAAUCAUCUGCCUAUGCUAAUAAAGGGGUUCAUAACGGAUCCGUACACAAUGAACCUUCGUCAUCUAAUUCUACGGCUUCAAUGUUUAGCAGUUAUUCAUUUCCGAUCUCACCACAUGACUUAGGCAGUAAUAGUUCUGGUAAUGGUCGUUCCACCUCGCCUUAUCCCAUUACACCCAAACCAUCAGUGUCAGCUUCAGAAAAUGACGGAUCAACUAUUCCAAUGUCCCCACCUAAUUCAUCGAGGCCAAUUACACCCACAAGUGGAAGUGGCUCACGACCCGCAACUCCGAUAAAACCCCGCAAACCGAUAUAUAUUGAUUUGCCACGACCAGCUUGUGUUCUAAUAAUAGCCGAACUACCACAUGCCAGAAAGACAUUAGAACAUUAUGUUCGUUCAAUUCUACCUAAAACCCCUGUCCCCGAAAUAGACAUUUCUUUUGAUUACACAGAUGCAAUCGAAAUAUUAUCACAGUCAGAUGUAAAACAAUAUACUCAUGUAUUUAUUAAUCUUUACUCGCAACCUGAUAUAAUCUCACUUGCUGCCAUCAUCAAAAAUUUACCGAGUCUUACGCAGACAGUUGCCGUAAUAUUGACGACUCCGAUACAACGAGCCGGUGUAAUGGAGGGUGCACAAAAUGAUUUGCCAUCUAGAGUUGAUUUCAUUUUCAAGCCUCUUAAUCGAAGUAAGAUGGAAGGUUUGUUUGAUGAUACCACCACAGUUCGCGAAAAUUUCCUAAAACGACGAAACACUCAUCAAAUUGUCGCCAGUCAAAAAGAAAUAUUUAAGCGUAUGGCUGAGGAUGUUGGUGGUCGGGGUCUAAGAGUCUUAUUGGUCGAAGAUAAUUUCGUGAAUCAAAAAGUUAUUAUACGAUAUUUGACCAAAGUAGGGCUCGAAGUGACCGUGGCAAAUAAUGGCGUACAGUGUUUAGAGACAUUCUACUCGCAUCCUCCGGAUUAUUUCUCCUUGAUUUUGUGCGAUUUGUUUAUGCCAGUAAAAGAUGGUUAUCAGACUACAAAAGAAAUCCGUGCUUGGGAAGCAGAUAAUUUGUCUCCAAAUCAACGUCCUAUUCCAAUUAUCGCAAUGAGCGCUAAUGUAUUCAGCGAUGUCGCGUCGAAAUGUGAUACCGCGGGAUUCAAUACAUAUGUUAGCAAACCAGUCAAUUUCGCGACAUUAAGUGACGCUAUUAGGAGUGCAUUAGUUGUUAAUGAUACAAGUAUCCAAGACAAUACUAAGUCAUCAUCGUCUUCUGUUCCAGCCAAAAGUGAUACAAAGAUAUGA